AUGUUAUCUACAAGAAGUGUUGGUUAUAUCUUUUUAGGUGCAGCUGCGGUCGCUCUUACCUAUUGCAUCUAUUUCGACUACGAGAGAAGACACAAUGGAGAUUUCCGAAAGAACCUUAACAAGCGCAAGAGAAAGGCCCAGAAAAAGGCUCGUAUUGAGGCUGAACAGGACAAAACCAAGAAGUUGGAGAUCUUAAAGAAGAAAUUGAAUGAAUCCCUGGCUGCCAGCCCACUUCCAGCUUCCCUCCAAGAGAAGGAGUCGUACUUCUUAGAGCAGGUCACUACUGGUGAGAAGCUCGGCGCAAUUCCUGGUAAGGAAAUUGAUGCUGCUAUAUACUUUUACAAAGGUUUGGCCGUCUAUCCUAAUCCAACUGGUAUCUUGGAUAUAUACCAGAGAACUCUUCCUCCUAACAUUUACGAGUUGGUUAUGAUGCUCACUGCUAUUCAGCCCCCAAAGAGUGUUGUCAACAUCUUGGGUGAUUCUGUUGGUUCCCUCGAUGCUGACAAGCCUUCUGUUGAGUGA